AUGGUCGAUAGCCACGCCAGCGGACGAGGUAGCUCGUGUGGACGCUAUUCACGUCUCGGUGGUUCAAAAUACGCUUCACUAGGAAUCGUUGACUACCGCUUGAGUCCACCAAAGGAUGUGAUGGCGGUGGGAACACCUGAUCCGGAUCGAGGGUCGGAUCAGCUUGAUGUUCAGGAGCUAAGUUGUGUAACGGAACAGAUACACGAUGACCUGGCUCAUGAAGUGACUCGGAGUUACGAGCCUUAUGACCUCGUAAAGGAUAAUUACAAUUCCUUAGCGCACGAUCGUCCAAACGAUCGUGCCACUUUUGCGUUCGCGCAACUUGAGUACGAACGUUCGAUUCGUUCUCUUCGUGACGAGCUGACUGCAGCUCGUCAGGACAUCGCUCAACUGCAUGAGCAGGUCGCUUCGCUAGUCGACCAGACUGGAUCGUUGAGCCGAGACCACUCGAAGGUGGUCUCGGCCCUUAACCGCGGAGGUUUACUUCGCCUCUCGAAACAAAUUCGUACUGACAGUACGGGAGGAGACGUCCAACGUAAAACGUAG